AUGUCGGAACCAAAUAGGAUAGAAGACAACUUAGUAAAAUUCAACAAACAUGUGAAGAGAACGAGCGAGAGACUGGCCAACAGGGCAGGAUCUGUACCCCUCGAUGACAGAUCUAAUGUCGUGAUGCCGGAUUUACCGACCCCAGAUCCCAACGCUACACGCCCCACGUCCGCUAGAGGUAGAGGAAGAAACCGCGGCAAGAAAUCGUCCACAGUCAAUACACGAUCCAACGCAGCCGCCAGAAACGCUGCAGCAGCUUCAUCUUCCGCUGAAAACGCUACAGAUAACACGACAGAGAAAUCUACCAAUGACGGUCAAGUUGAUCCAAACACGUCUAAUGCUACUGCGGAAGGCAAUGCAUCGCAAGCACAUGAGGCAGAUACGAGCCAACCUACGGGUUUAAUUGAGAGAGACGAUGUGAGCACGAAUGCGACACCACAACGCAGUACCAUCACCAAAACGGGACUCACCUUGACACGCCUCCCUGACUCAACUGCGUUGGACAACAACCUGGCCGUAAUCGACGGCUCUGCCCAUCUUCGUGCACAAGUUAAUGCUAUUUCCGGAGUCGGGACGACCUCGGCAAAAUCAACUCCCGCCCCUUCUCAACCGAAACGUAGAGUGGUGGGAUUUGUUGAAUUAGUCAAAGAUGAUGUAGCGGAGAAAUCGACCUCUGCUGAGACAACUGUGGACAAGGAGACAAAAGUCGUAUGUGAUGAAGAAGGUAUCGACUCAAAUGGUUUAGUCGCAUUAUCACCUUGGUUUGAUACUAAAAUGGUAGCAUUGAAAGGUUACUUGCCUUUGUCGAUUUUUAAUACUCAAUGGCUGCACCAAGACCUCAUCCAACACUCCUUUCGACGUCGUACCACUAAGGAAAAACUUGAAGAUUCUUAUGUCGGUUUUGCUGUCCCAGUCGAAUGGAAGAUGUCCUUCAGCGAAUGGGUCGUUGCUUUUGAUCUCUACGUCACGUAUUUGCGUCACUAUACCCAUGACGACUUAGCAAAGAAGAUGAUGGUUCAUAAACAGAAUGUGUUAGAUAUUAUGAAAGAGAAUGUUAACUGGCCUAUGGCCUUCCGUUACGACAUCGCCAUUUGUACGACCGUCUUGACUAUUCGAAAUGCUAGUGGGAACCUGGCAAACCCAGCUGUGCGGAAUGUCACUAUCGAGCGCCAAUGCUUCAGAGAUACCGAACGCUACAAUGAUUUCUUACCAGCUUACUCUGACUCAAACCCCUACGCUACUGGGGGCCCAAAAGAGCAUAUCAACCCCUUAACUGGUGAAGACUACCGGACGGGUGCAGCUCCUCAGACUUCCGCCUUCAGUGCAAAUAAUCAACAAGUUGCUAGUCUAGGACACAAUUUCAGUUUCACCCACGCCGCAAAACCUAAUGCUAGAUCCUGGACUCAUUCAAACCAACCUGUGUACACGGGACCGGGUGCGGUAGGUUACAACUCUCACGGUUGGGAGGAUCGUCGUACUGGUGGUCGAAAUACCAGGGGCAGAGGAAAAGGUGGUGGAUACCUUACCGGUGGCAACGGUGGUCGAGAUCAGAGCCCCCCUCGAUGGCAGGGUGAAAGUUCUCGCUGA